UUUGCAUUAGUAAAUCCAUAAAGCAACAUAACAGAUGAGAUUAGUGACCAUCAUUUAGAACAAAAAAGAAAAUAAAAACAUUUCCAACUUUACACGCACACACACACACACACAAACAUAAGCCUCUUCAUUGUGAAAGUUUCUCCAUUUCUCCUUUUCAGACAGAAGCCAUAGUUUCAGACAGCAAAGUUCGUGAAAAUUAAGGAGAGAUGGAGGCGCAGAGCGAUCAAUCAAGGGAGGAUUCACCGCAGAGGAAAAACGGGAGAGGAAAGAUUGCAAUCAAGCGGAUCGAAAACACGACGAAUCGUCAGGUGACAUUCUGCAAACGCCGCAACGGACUGCUGAAGAAGGCCUAUGAGCUCUCUGUGCUGUGCGAUGCCGAGGUUGCUUUGGUCGUCUUCUCCACCAGAGGCCGCCUCUAUGAGUAUGCCAACAACAGUGUGAAAGCUACCAUUGAGAGGUACAAGAAGGCUUCCUCGGAUUCCUCAAAUAAUGGUUCUAUCUCUGAAGCUAACAGUCAGUACUACCAGCAAGAAUCAUCCAAGUUGCGCACGCAAAUCAAUAAUUUGCAGAACCAAAACAGGCAAGUGCUUGGGGAGGCAUUAGGAGCUUUGUCUCUCAGGGAUCUCAAGAACCUCGAGACUAAGGUCGAAAAAGGGAUUGGCAAAAUCCGCACCAAAAAGAAUGAGUUGCUGUAUGCAGAAAUUGAGUACUUGCAGAAAAGGGAGAUUGAGUUACAUCACAACAACCAGUGCCUUAGAGCAAAGAUUGCUGAGAGCAGUAGGGCCCAGGAGCACAUGAAUCUGAUGCCAGGGAGUGGUGGUUUUGAGUUUGUUGGACCACAGGCUUAUGAUGCUCCAAACUUUCUUCAAGUCAUGGGGCUCCACCCCAAUGAAGAUUAUCCCAAGCAGGAAGAACCUCAGCUUCAGUUAAUGUAAGACCACUCAUGUCUGCUGUUUUUGAACACUUUGCUUUCAUAGAAGCAACUUACUCAUGUUAAUCUACUAGUACUCUUAACUUCAACUUUGUUACUUGAUGCUUUAGGAUAUAUCUAUAAGUAGAUUUGUAGUAUCUUAUUAGUAGUUUACUAAAUAAAGUGACACAUUGAUAUUA